ACCAGGAAGCAGGAAUCGCCUGAUUUCAGGGAAAGAGAAACUGAAGUGUAGUUGAGCUGUUGUGUGUUUGUGUCUCUGUAUUCAAGCAGUAAAAUGGCAGAAGCCAGAUUUUCUCAGGAUGAGUUCUUGUGUCCAGUGUGUCUGGAUCUGCUGAAGGAUCCAGUGACCACUUCCUGUGGACACAGUUACUGUAAGAUCUGUAUUACAGACUGCUGGGAUCAGGAGGAUCAGAAGAGAGUCUACAGCUGUCCUCAGUGCAGACAGACCUUCAGUCCAAGACCUGCUUUAUCUAGAAACACCAUGCUGACUGAAGUGGUGGAGAAACUGAAGAAGACCAGACUCUCUGAUGACUGUUACGCUGGAGCUGGAGAUGUGCAGUGUGACGUCUGUACUGGAAGAAAAUACAGAGCCGUCAAGUCCUGUCUGGUGUGUCUGAACUCUUACUGUCAGAAUCACCUCCAACAACAUGAGAGUUUCUUUAGAGGAAAGAGACACAAUCUGACUGAAGCCACUGGACGACUGCAGGAGAUGAUCUGCCAGAAACAUGAGAAGAUCCUCGAGGUUUUCUGUCGCACUGAUCAGAAAUGUAUAUGUAUGAUGUGUACAGUUAUUGAACAUAAAAACCACGACAUUGUAUCAGCUGCAGAUCAGAGGACAGAGAAACAGAAGCAGCUGAAGGAGACUCAGAAGACGCUCCAGCAGAGAAUCCAGCAGAGAGAGAAAGAUCUCCAGCAGCUGAGAGAGACUGUGGAGUCUCAUAAGCGCUCUGCACAGACAGCAGUGGAGGACAGUGAGAGGAUCUUUACUGAGCUCAUCCGCUCCAUUGAGAGAAGCCGCUCUGAGCUGAUACGACUGAUCAGAGAUCAGGAAAAGACUGCAGUGAGUCGAGCUGAAGAACGACUGGAGAAACUGGAGCAGGAGAUCAAUGAUCUGAGGAGGAGAGACGCUGAGCUGGAGCAGCUUUCACACACACAGGAUCACAUCCAGUUCCUGCAGGUAACACACAUCUAGAAGAACAGGAUCAUAGUGGACUUGAGCAGAUCCUGCUGUGACAGAGACUCACAGAGAAACAGUUCAUGAGUGUCUUAUUAUAUAAUCAUCAGUCAGACUCUCAUCUGAUCAUCUUCUUCUGAAAGAGACGCCGCUUACAAAUGGCUUUCAAGUCCGGGUCUCUAACCACUCUUAAGUG